AUGGCGACAGGCGGAGGGCGGCCUCCACCUCAGGCACUGAAGAAGCCCGAGGCAGGCUCGCGGCAGGGCCUCGCUGCCGGCGGAGGGGCGGCCCUGCGUGCCCAGCCCGCCCCACAGGCGCCUCUGCCCCGCUGGCCGGUGGGCGGCGGGGCUGGGCUGUGCACUGGAGACCUGGGCCUGGUGGAGGUGGUCGGGCUCUGGUACCGCUGCUGCGUGGUGAGUCGCAGCGGCCAGGACUACCGUGUCUUCCUGCUUGAUGAGGGCUGCACGGUGGUCACGUCUGCCUAUUACCUGGCGCGGGGCUGCAAGGAACUUUUCCACCUGCCCCCUGAGGUGCUGGGCUGUAUUGUGGCUGAUGUCGUGCCUUCUGGAUGCCCCAGGGUGGCAUCCUGUGGGGAUGCACCAGUCUCCACCUGGACAGUGGAGGCUAUGGAGUUCCUCAGCUACCUGCAUGGCAAGGAGGUGUCUGGCCUGGUGCGGGAGGUGAUGACACCGCAGCUCAUAGUGCUUGAGCUGCCCCAGCUUGUGUCCCAGAUGCAUCACCUGGGCCUGGCCAGGCAGGUCACUCCCAGUUGGUUCUGCCAGGUGCUCAGGCGCUGCCUGACUUCUGGCCACUUAAGGAACCAGCUCAAGCUGCAGCCUCCAGCAAGUUCCCUUGCAACUUCUGCAGUGCCACAGCUUCUCCAUGUUUUGCUCUCCUAUCAGCCUGUGUCACCUGCCUUGGAUUACUUCUACCCGCAGCUUCAGUUGGGUGUGACAGAGCCUGUUCUAGUGACCCAUGUCUCUGACCCACACCACAUCUACUGCCAGUUGCAGAGCCUGUCCCAGGAGAUCCGUUGCCUUUCUGAUACCAUGCGCCACACUUAUGACCGGUGGGAGCAGGAUUUAUUACCCAAAGUGGGCUCACCCUGUGCUGCCCGUGGCAUAGAUGGCCAGUGGUACCGUGCACUCCUGCUGGAGCUUAUUGCUGGGGAGCAGGACCAGCAAGUGGCUCUGGUGAUCUUUGUGGACUAUGGCAGGAAGGAGACUGUGACCAGAGCUAACCUGCGCCAUUUGCCUGUUGAGUGUUUUCGCAUGCCUGUGGUGACUUAUCCAUGUGCUCUUCAGGGUAUCUCGGAUGGGGGUUGUGGCUGGUCCCCAUCGCACAUUGAUGAGCUGAAAGCAUUGGUGCUAGGCAAAGGAGUGAGUGCUCGCAUCAAAGCCUUUAACUCCUUCGAGCAUGUCUAUUAUGUGAGCCUGUACGGGGAAAAUGGCAUCAACUUGAACUGUCUUUUUGGGGUGCAGGCUUGCUGCCUGGUGAGCAGCCAUACACAGGUCAGCCAAACUGAGGCUCAGGAGCAGCUGGAAGUAGAAGAAUCCACAGCUGAAGAACUGGAAUUGCCACCAGGAGCACCUCCUGUUGCUUUAAUGCACAAAGAUUUGGCCUCUGCUCCUGUAGUCGGUGUGCAUCUGAAGUUGGGUGCGUUCCAUGACGCACAGGUCUCCCACCUCCGAGACCCAUCCGAGUUCUGGCUCCAGCUCCAUGAGCAUCGCCGGCUCUUCAGGCAGCUGAGGCAGAGCAUGUGGAAUUUUUACUCCCAUGCCACGAAGCUGGAUGGUGCCGGGUGGGACCUACAGCCUGGAUCCCUUUGUUGUGCCAGUGGGAAAGAGGGUGCCUUUUAUCGAGCGGUGAUCACCAGGGUACUGGACAGUGGGGUAGAAAUACACCUGGUGGACAGAGGCAGUAUGGAAACUGUAGAUCGGUGUGUGGUAAAGGAGCUGCUUCCUCGGUUCAGGGAACUACCUGCUUUAGCUCUGAAGUGUUGUUUGGCAGGUAUCUCUGCUCUGAGUGGGAGUUGGAGUGAAGCAUCUCUGUCUGCCUUCAGAGAGAUUGUACUGAACAAGGGACUAAAGGUUCAUUUUCUGAGCAUGCAGGGUGACAAAUACGUGGUUGAAAUUUUUGACCAGUCCCAAUUAGGAGAGAAAAGUGUAAGUAAACUCAUGGCCCAGGGAGGGUAUGCUGAAUACCAGAGGUGUGAAAUACCUGAGACUCUACAGGAAUCAUCUGUUAAGGCUGUGAGCCAGGCCUCUUCCCCAGCACGUGCUGGGGAGGAAGACCAAGUAAAUGCAGGGAAGAGGCUCGGAGAAGAAUCUGAUCUAAAGAGAAGUGACAGAACACUAAAUCCAUACAUGGCUGUGAUGGUCAGAGAGCGCCCUGUCGCAGUCACUCACAAUUCUAAAAGUAGUGAAUCUGUUCCUGCUCAGAAGUAUGAGGGUAAGGAAAACAUGCCCAUCUCUUGCAGGCAGAAUUAUGUAGAAAUGAAGCCAAGUUCCUCUUACGGAGGUCAGUUAGAAGUAGGAAGCACAGUUAAUGUAGUUGUGUCAUGUGUUGAAAAUCCUAGUUAUUUUUGGUGUCAGUUAAGUAGAAAUUGCCAUGACCUUAAAGUAUUAAUGGCUGAAAUUCAGGAGUAUUGUAAAAAUUCAUCCCACCCACAUGCUUGGCCAAAUUCUGUAUGUUUAGCCCAGUACUCGGAGGAUGAAAAGUGGUACAGGGCUUUAAUUGUUAGUGAAGUUCCUUCUGCAGGAAAAGUGGAAGUCAUAUAUGUGGACUACGGCAACAGAGAGCUGGUCUCUCUAACAAACCUCCGCUCAACUAAUGAAUGCUUUCUUAGGUUAGAGGCUCAGGCAUUCAGGUGCAGCCUUUACAACUUAAUCGAGCCAGAUGGUCCGGAUCCUUUUGCUUGGGAUGAAGCAGCGAUUCAGGCUUUUCAGGAGUUUGUCGAUACUUCAGCAUCUCACUUUGAACUGAAGUGUACAAUAUUUGCCUUGGCUUCGAUAAACGAUAAGGAGCUAUUUAACAUUGUAGAUUUAAUGACACCUUUUCAGAGUGCUUGCCAGUUUCUGACUGAGAGAGGUGUGGCCAGAACUCUAUCUCCUCAAAAGCCUCUGGUAUCCUCGGUUCAGCUUCAUUCUUACUAUUAUUCUAUGCAUGGUAUCAAAAUUGGGAGUGAGGAAGACGUUUAUAUUACACAUGUUGAUGAUCCAUGGACAUUUUACUGCCAGCUUGAAAGAUGUGCAGAUGUCUUAGCACAGCUUACCGAUAACAUCGGUCGCCUAAGUGAAACAAUGACCAGCUUAGGAACCUUGCAAAAGUCUGGGAGCUUGUGUCUAGCAAAGUAUACCGAUAAUCACUGGUACAGGGGGGUAAUUAUGAAAACAAAACCUAAUACAGAAGUCUUCUUUGUGGAUUUUGGGAACACAGAGACAAUAGAGAAAGAUCAUCUGCUUCCUUUACCCAGUGAUGCUUGUGAUAUCUUGCUUUUGCCAAUGCAGGCCAUAAAGUGUUCCUUAUCUGAUAUAUCUAAUGUUCCCAAAGAAGCUACAACAUGGUUUAAGCAAGCUGUCCUAGAAAGGCAAUUAAAAGCAAUAGUAGUAGCAAAGGAAUCUGAUGGUAAACUGUUGAUUGAGUUGGUUGAUGGCAAUACUCAAAUUAAUGCAAAACUGAAGGAGUUAAGCUUAAUAAACAAUACAGGACUGUGUAGGCAUGUAGAAAAUGAAACUUUGUGCUCUAGAAACACAGAUGUGAAUGAGAGGAAUGAGACUGCAGAGUCCCCUUUAAAUGCAGGUAUGUCUCUUGAAAGAAAAAAAUGCAGCUCUGAAGCCCAGGGAGGAGGGGGCAGUAGCAAAAGUCACUUCAAAGAAGAAGAUGUAAGCCCUUUCCAGCCUGCUACGAAGGGAGAUGUGGCAGCUGGAUUACUAGAAUCUGAUGAAAUGUUUAGCAGUAAGAAGGAUGCUUUUUUGUUAAAUAAAGUGGGGGAGGAGUCUCUGCUCUCUGUCCAGAUGGAUACACAGUCAGAUAUUAAAUCUGAUGCUGAAGGCGGGUGUAUAAUGCUUAAAAAUGUAUCUGAUCUACUGCAACAGAAGAUAGUGCCAGCUCUUAAAGUGUCAGGGUAUGUGUCUCAUGUAAAUGAUCUGUUGGAUUUUUAUGUUCAACUAGAAAGUGAUGAGGCUCAGCUUAACAGCAUUGCAGAAAACUUAAACAAUAGGACGCAAGCAAAGAACCCUUGUGGACAACUCUUCCAAGCAGGAGACUUAAUCAGUGCUGUUUAUUCGGAAGACAGCCUGUGGUAUCGAGCUGUAGUAACAGAGAAGACUUCUGACAAUUUGAUAAGUAUACAAUAUAUUGAUUAUGGUAAUACUUCAGUAAUUAAUGUUGAUCAAGCGCACAGACUCCCUGAAGACUUGUCAUCUAUUCCAGCAAUAAGUAUUCACUGCUUCCUAGGUGGACUUAAAUGCAAAAAAAAUACAACCUGGGCAGAGAAAGCAGUGCUUUACUUCAUCAAGAGAACAAGUGAUGUUCUGCUAAUGUGUGAAUUUGUAGAGAAGGUUGAGGAUAAAUGGGAAGUUAUUCUCAGUGACCAUCAAGGUAUUAUAACAGUGGAUUUAGCUGAUGAAGAUCUUGCAAGUAGGGAAAGAUCUUGUUCAACAGAAGUACUUGGUAGAGAGAACAGUGACAUGGUAACUGUGUGUGAGCCUUUGCCUCCUCAGGCACAAAAUGAAAUUUCCAGUGUAAGUGAUUGUAAAUCAUUUAUCUGGAAGUUUCCAGAGGCAGGUCAGACUGUAAAAACUUAUGUCACAGUGGUAAAUGGUCCAGAAUAUUUUUGGAGUCGCAGUGCUGAUACAGAAGACAUGGAUUACAUAGAGGAAAAAAUAGAGGAAGCUGAAAACCUUGGACUAAAAUCUUGGAACGAUUGCAGAUCUUGUAUUAAAAGUGGUGACGUUUGUCUAGCAAAAUACAGUCAAGAUGGAAAGUUCUACAGAGCUAAAGUCAGCAGUGUAAAAGGUGACAACGUAGUUGUUAGGCAUGUGGAUUACGGAAGCGAGGAAGCUGUUAGCUUGGAGAUGGUCAGACAAAUUCCAUGUGAAUUGCUCAAAAUACCUAAUCAAGCAUUUGCUUGCUGUCUGUCAGGUUUCAGUUCCUCAGAGGGCUCAUGGCUUAGUGAAGCAAAAGAGAAGUUUUAUGAUAUGACCGAAGACCUCUUAUUAGAAGCUGAAGUAAUAGAAACUCAGGAAGAUAAAGCUUCUGAAGUCCCUCUGUCUGUUGUCAAGCUGGAAGCUUCUGGCAGGAGUAUUAAUGAAGAGAUGAAGUCUUUUUGGAAGGCUAAUAAAGGAACUGGUGACAAUGCUUUCUCAAACCUUGAGAACCCCUUAAAGGAAAACAGAUGUUCAAACAAUGAUAUUGGUCUUUGUCUUGAAAGAGAAACUACUGCUGUUUGUGGAUUAGCUCAAGAAGAAAGUGAAAGUGCUUUACUUUGUUCUGAACCUUUCCUGGGUGUAACUUCUGGGUGUUCAAAUACUGUAGAAGCAAAUGCGUCAGUGGGAGCUGUUGAGUAUAUGUCUGGAAAGGCGGAUGAUGGAUGUGAAACAGAUGAACAUCAAAGCAACUUUGAUAAAGAGAUACCUCUAUCUGAAGGAGAAAGCAAUAACAAUGUAUUACUAGAACCAACGAGAAGCUGCAGUCUUCAUAUUUUGGGGAGUGAAAUGAAAGCUGCAGAACAUGAGUUAUCUGAAGUACCGUUUCGAGAGGAUGCUGAGCUGAAAGCAGAACUGACAGGCAGUGCUUCAGUAGCCAGUCUUUUCCUAGGAAACAAACAAGAAGAACUGCAAAGACUGCCAGUGCUCCAGGUGCAGUCAUCUUCGAGUGAUGAAACGGGGAUGUUAGUAGAACUGGAUCAAUUACAAAUGCAUUCUUCGUAUUAUGAUCUAAAAGAGUUCAUACUGGAGCUAGAGGCACUUUCAGUGCAGUCCUGCUUUGGUGAAGAAACAAAGGAAGCUCUGGAAAUAGAGUCACUUGAAAUGCAGACAGCUUCUGGCAGUGAAGCAAGAGAGAAAGUGUUGGAACGGGAAUCGUUUGAGCUGCCAGUUGUGAGUGAGGAGGCGGAGGAGUUGGCAGUUUUCAAAUUUCUUGAAAUCUUACCAUCACUUAAUGAGAGAGAGAACUUGGGGCCUUCAGUUAGCGAUGGACAGAAGACAGUAGAGCUGAUUCCAUCUGAUGUUCAGCUUUCUUUGGGAGGGAAGGCAAAGAAACUGGAAUUGAAUUUGUCUGGAGUUCCUAAAGCAGAAGCUACACAAGAAGAUUGGAUGGAAGUAGAGCCUCCUCCCCUAAGGCUGUCUUCAUCUGGUGGUAGACCUGAGAAACAACUGGACCUGAAGACCCAUGACAUGCUGUCAAUGCUAGGUGCUGAAAUUGAGCAGCUUCUGGAACUGGUGCUGCCUGAUGUGCAGCCAUCUCAGGAAGAUGGGGAGGAGGACUCAUUAGGGUUGGAACACACUGCACUGCAAAGUUCUGAAAAUAGUGGAAGUCAAUUUUCAUUUCUUACAAAAGACUUAAUGAAUCAGAGGCCUGUUUGCACUGUAAAAUCAUGUGACUGCAAAGUCGAGAAACGUAAGGAGUGGCAGAAGAAAGAUGACUGUUAUGUGGAAGAAUGGAUGAAACAAGACUUGACUGACUCAUUUAAAGAAUGUGGAAAUACACGUGUGCAGUCUUCAGACAGUAAGCCUGGGGAUGAAGUAGAAAAAAAGCAAAAUGAGAACUUGGCUGAUUGUGGUGCAGAACGCAAUGAGUAUACUUGUAAUCUGAAGGGCUUUGCUGUUGGUUCCAAAUGUGUGGUGUGGACUUCUCUAAAAUGGUGCGAGGCUCGCAUUUUGGAGGUAUCUGAAAAAGGUACCAAGGUCUUUAAUCUCUCCAGUGGCAACGAGGAGAUUGUGGAUCCUGAGAAUGUCUGGAACGGUAUUCCUGACUGGGCUUGCAGAUCAUCUGAGGCAAUAACCCCUGCAACAGAAAACUUGCAGUCCUUACCAGAGGAGCCCUUACUUCAAGAAAAGCAAACUUGCUGCAGUUCAGAUCUAGGCGAAGAUUCUCAUGUCCUCCAACAUUCCUGAAAUCAAGUGACAUGUUCACCCCAUGAAGCUGAAAGAGUACCUGUGUACACGAACAUUCCCAUGAAAAUGUGUUUUCAUGGGAACACGGAUACAAGCAAAGCAUUGAGUGUUUCUUCUGUGUAA